CCCCCGGAAGCCGCCUCAGCGGUGCUGCAAUGGCGGCGCGAGUGUCGUACUUUUACGACGCGGACGUGGGCAACUUCCACUACGGGCCUGGCCACCCGAUGAAGCCACAUCGCCUGGCGCUCACCCACAGUCUCGUGCUGCACUAUGGCCUUCACAAAAAGAUGAUGGUCUACAAGCCGUACCGCGCGUCGCAGCACGACAUGUGUCGCUUCCACUCGGAGGAGUACAUUGACUUCUUGCAGCGCGUCACGCCCCACAACAUCCAGGGCUUCACCAAGAGCCUCAACACUUUCAACGUCGGGGACGACUGCCCCGUGUUUCCCGGUCUCUUCGAGUUCUGUGCAAGGUACACGGGUGCCUCCCUGCAGGGAGCGACGCAGCUCAACAACAAGAUGUGCGAUAUUGCAAUCAAUUGGUCUGGUGGGCUUCAUCACGCCAAGAAGUUUGAGGCAUCGGGAUUCUGCUAUGUCAAUGACAUAGUUAUUGCCAUCCUGGAGCUGUUGAAGUACCACCCGCGUGUGCUCUACAUCGACAUUGACAUCCACCACGGCGACGGGGUGCAGGAAGCCUUCUACCUCACCGACCGCGUCAUGACCGUGUCCUUCCACAAAUAUGGGAACUACUUUUUCCCCGGAACAGGUGAUAUGUACGAGGUGGGUGCAGAGAGCGGGCGCUACUACUCGGUCAAUGUCCCCCUGCGGGACGGCAUCGACGACCAGUGCUACAGGCUGCUGUUCCAGCCAAUCAUCAAGCAGGUGAUGGACUUCUACCAGCCCACGUGCAUCGUGCUGCAGUGCGGCGCCGACUCACUGGGCUGUGAUCGCUUGGGCUGUUUCAACCUCAGCAUCAAGGGACAUGGCGAGUGCGUAGACUUUGUAAAGUCAUUCAAUAUUCCGCUGCUGGUGCUCGGCGGAGGGGGCUACACAGUGAGGAAUGUGGCACGGUGCUGGACAUAUGAAACCUCUUUGCUGAUGAACGAUCCGAUAAGCGAUGAACUUCCCUACAACGAGUAUCUGGAGUACUUUUCACCCGACUUCAGUCUGCAUCCAGACAUCAGCACUCGCAUUGAAAACCAGAAUUCCAAGCAGUACUUGGAGCAAAUCCGGCAAAGUAUCUUUGAGAACCUGAAGAUGCUGAACCACGCACCCAGCGUUCAGAUCCACGAGGUUCCUUCCGACUUACUCAGCUACGAGCGCAAGGAUGAGCCCAACCCAGAUGCCCGCCCCGGCACGGACGACGCCAUAGUCAAGCCCGAUGCAGCCAACGAGUUUUACGACGGAGACCAGGACAACGACCGGGAGAGCGACGUGGAGGUGUGAAGGCCGGGGGCCACGUGGAGGCCUGAAGAUGCGCGGAGGUGUGACCGUCCGAGCACAGUUCUCUUCCACGAUAUCAACUAGGCAUGUAAUGAUGUAUCGAUUUAUAAAUGAUGAUUAUUCUCACAGUCAUCAGUAGCCGUGAUUUAUCCACUGCUGGAUAAAGGCUUCCCCCAAAGCGCAUUCCCUUCCCUCACGAUCUCGCAGUGUAACAAUCCACCCAAUUCACGAUGAGCUGAUUUAAUCGCUCAGUCUUGGCGGUGGAUGUCCACUCGGACAUGUUCUCUCCUUUGGCUGCCACUCAAUCAUUAGACUCGACCACUAUGCCGUCAUCCUUUUCACUGACGUGUUACUGUUCUGAAGGCCUCUUAACCAAUAUGAUGUGUCUGGCUUGCGUCUGCUCUCUGCUCUGUGUUCCUCUUCCUUUCAGUGUAAUUCCAAGCAUGUACCUUGCCAUGCUUCUUGCACACUUUUCCACUCCUGUUCCAUUUAGUUUUUCCCUGCCCAUGUUUAAGUUAUAUCAGAUAGUAUACACUGAUUAGAAAUAUUCUUAUCGAGGCACAUUGGUACGUUACGUUUCAUUAGUAAGUUCAUGUUUGCAAAGGCACCAAAACUUGCUCGUCCACUCCUGACUGAGAGAUCAUCUUUAAUGGUUUGGUGAACGUACAUGUAACUUACAUUUUACGUAACAUUUAUUUUGCUUGCUCUGGUUUUAUUUCUGGAGCGCUACUUCUAUACCAAGUUCUUCUAUCACUUCCAGUAGUUCCUUUCCAUUGGUUAUUACGCCCACAAUACACGCAUCGAAUCGUUAGAAUCAUACAGCAAACCCUUGCCCAUCCACGAGGGUUACGUUCUUGAAAAUAUCCGCAAUCAGUAAAUCCGCAAACUCGGAGGCAAAUGUGAAAAGUAGGUUGAGGUUGACGGCUCGCAAUUCGACACCCCCUUUUAUUUUACGAUUAAUAUUUUAUAACGCUAAAUACAGCUUGUACGGUAAAUGUAUAGAAUAAAAAAACGGAAUGUAUUGUACAAUACUGUACACAUCCGUGUACAGUAGUGUACAGUAUUGUACAUGACGGGAAGAAAAAUCACGUGGCCGAACGUCGCUGCCACACUGGAGGCUGGGAAUCCAUCACCUGGGACCCCCCCCGCCAUGGGCUGCUUGGGAGACUAAGAUGGAGACAAGAUGGCACGUAUUUCCUUCCGUGACAGCAUCACCGCAAGCAGUACAGUUAUGCAUACAGGAAUCUCCCUGUCAACUGCGAAUGGUCGAGCCACAGGGGCGCGAUCGGCGAACUGUCCCUCCAAUAAAUUUGGCAUAAAACAAUGAUGAGGGAAAAUCGUUACAUGCCGAACAUAAAAUCGUACUUGAUAAAAUGGCCUUGUCGCAUACGUGUGAAUUUCUCAAAAAGUGUUAUUUAUUUUAGUUACCAUUUGCUGUGCUGUGCUGUUUUAGUUGUAAACCAGAAAGGUCGGAAGGGAUCCAACCAAUCGCAUAGUUGUAAUUGUUUCUUUUCAGUCUAUUUUUUUAGUAUGGCUGUGAUAUUCACAGUUAAACAAGACAAGUCUUGUGGUGCAAUGAUAUUGUGACUUCUCAGAUACAGUCUGUUUUCCUAUAACGCGGUAGUUGCGUUCCUAAAGAACACCGCAUUAUAGAAAAAUCACAUUCUAAUAAUAUGGGGUAAAGCACAGUCCGCGAUAACACGUGAGAUGCGUAUUAUGCAGGCUGAACAAAGAUUGAGGCGCGUGGUUAGCACGCGCCUCAAUCUUAACCUGGAGUGCAGGAACCCCUCAGUGGGUGCGAGAUGCCCUUUCUGAAGGUUAAGAACCACUGAUCUAGAAGUAUCCCGCCUUGGAUGAUGCUAUGCCGAGGUAGCCGUUCAACGGCUUAUUCCUACUCGCGCGACGUAGUUCUGUUCACUCAAUCGCGUGAUAUCCAAUUCACAUCUGCGUUAUAAAAAAAAUGCGUUCCCUAAUACAUUCAUCACGUCAUAUCCAAUUUGCGUUACGAAAACACGCGGCGUUAUCGGAGAACAGACUGCACGUGAAUACAUCCAGUACUUUACUCAUGGUAAAGUGUGACCUGUAAGCCCUGAUCUGCGUUGUAAUAAACAUGUACAUCUGUUAAUCAGUUGUGUGAAUGUGUACCGACUUACGUUGCACAGUGCAGAAUAGUGACGUACAUAUAAUUUUGUACAUAAAUGCGUUUUAAAAAUAAAGGCAAUGUCUUUUUGUACAAAA